ACACAUAUCAUCAACUUUCCACCCCUGUGGAUAUCUCACACUACAUCAGAAGCUAGUAUGCACAUGAAAAACGUUCUCAAAACAUUUUACAAAAAAGGUGUGGAUCACUGGCCAAAAUCCCGAGUAGUAGUCCAAGCACAGAAUAGUUGAAGACCAUACCUCAUCUUGCCUUCAACUCUUGCUCAGCUCCCACCUAUACAC